GGUUUUGAAAAUCGGUCUAACACAUGUGUGUAAAAAAAAAAUAAAUUUGAACAAUUAAAAGAAUUUAAAUAAAAAAUGACAAAGUUUCGAAGUAAGUUGAAGAAGAAAACAGGAACGAAGAAGGUCGCGAAAGGACAAAGCUCAAUAUCGAAUCCUGAAGUGACAAAAUAUCGAUCGAAAGCUAAAAGCCGAUUUUUCCAGUCAAAUUUAUUGAUAACUCCAUCAUCAAAUACAAACAAUGGACUUACCAUGGAAGCUGUCGAGAAACAUGAGGCAAUGGAAUCCUUCAACAAUCGAGAUCCAGUGAAUUUGAUUUCGGGAAGUCUCAAAGAUUUCAGCAUUGCUGACAACGACGAUAUCUUUUCCCAAUCACAACGUUCUGUGAGUCAAGCUACAACUUUUGCAUCGCAGUUCAGUGCUUGCUCUAACACAUCAUUCAGCAAACUUCUCACAAACUUUCGUCCCGACUCUCAAAUUCAGAAGGAAAUGUUGGCGAUCCUCGCUGCACUUACAGAAAUACUUAAAGAGAAAGGUGGCUCUGAGUCAAGUACAGAAUACUUUCUUGCAAUUAUGGAGACAAUAGAGAAUGCAAAAGACAAUUCAGAUAUACAAGCUGCUGUCAUGUUGCUUAACAUGGGAAUCAAAUCUGUGCCUCAAGCAGUUCUUCGAAAGAAGUUCAAUGAAACUGCUGAAACACUUCUUGAACUCAUCACAAGAUUUGUCGAUUCUCCUGACAAAAAUGUCCUUAGAUCAAUCAUCAGUUGCUUAUCAGUGGUUCUUCGUGCUCAAGAGUAUUCUCAAUGGAAACUCAGCAGUUCAAUGAAGUUUUUUGAUGCAAUUCUUUCAUUCACAAUUCACACGAAGCCGAAAAUCAGAAAAGCUGCUCAACAUGCUGUCACGAGUAUUCUUCUUGGCAGUUGCUUCAUGUUGCCACCUAAGAAAGAAAAUGAGGAUGAUGAAGAAAUGAAGGUGGAAAUGCCGAAAAUUAUUCAUCCAGUUUCAUCACAUGUUGCAAAGUUUUGUGUUGACACAUUUAAGCCGGAAGUGAUUAACAAUAAUCAAACUUUGUUGCUUCAUGUGUUGGGACUGCUUCAAACAAUCCUUCCCAGCUUCCAUAAAGACGACAUUAAAAUAAUUUCUGAGCAUCUCUUGUCGAUUAUGACUUCGGGAAAUAUGAUGGUGAGAACAAGUUGCUUUCAAACCUUCCACAGCCUUUUUAGUUCGUCAAAGUCAGAUAAUUUGACAACUCAGAUUGUUGGACGUCUUGUGACGGCACUUUAUGAAUAUCGACCUGAUCGAUCUGAUUUUCGACAAGUUCUUGCUUGGAUCACAGUCAUGACACAAGCUCACAUUAAAUUAACACAUUUGAAUCGACAUUCGGGCAUUCAAGCGUUGCCAAGAAUUUUUGAAACGUCAAUCAAUGACUUGUGGUUGAGUGAUAAAAUGGAAGUUGUGGCUGGAACAUCAAAUGCAAUGAAAGAACUUCUUGAAGAAUGUAUCAAACCUUUAAAUGAUGAGAAUGAUGAACAAAUUCCACUUGAAUAUCAUCAGCCAAUCAAGAAAAUCAUCAAAACACUCACUAAAGCACUUGCAGCUCCAUUCGGUGCAACAUCAACUCAUAUUUUAGUGAUUUGCAGCAUUGCGUUUGAAUCGAUGGGAAAAUAUUUUGAAGACGAUUUAGAAGAAAUGUUGACGAUUCUUGGAAUGCGAUAUGAUGAUCAAAGUUCGCAAAGAGUUCACAUUGAACAUGCUGUUUUAUCAGCAAUUUCAUCAAUGGACACGGAGAAAGUUUUGUCGUGCAUUCCAUUGACGGAAGUGAACGGAAAUAUGUCAGUGAAACGAUCGUGGAUUCUUCCUUUACUUCGUGAAGGAUUACAAGACUCAUCAUUGGAAUUCUUCAAUCGUUACAUCAUUAAACUUGCUUAUCAAUGUUACACCAAAUGGCAAACAUUAAAGGAGAAAGAUCAGAAAAGUGAAGCUCACAUUUACGAGCUUCUUUGUUGUCAAUUGUGGGGAUUAUUCCCGGGAUUUUGUCGUAAACCGAAAGAUCUUCAUGAAUUCAAAUCAAUAGCAAAAACACUUGGAAUGGUUUUAAAUGAAAAUCCUGAUCUUCGUCCACCAAUUCUUGAUGGAUUCAAAGAAUUAUUAACGAAUCUUGAAAGUGAUGAUGAGAAAGAAAUUUUCGCUAAAUACGCUCAAAAUUACAUGACGAGAUUCUUCAACAUUUACACAACCAAACCAACGACAAGUUAUGAGAAUGAAAUAAGAUUAUCAGCAUUUGAAGUUGCGCAACUUUAUCUAAAAGUGACACCAAAAACGGUGAUGAAUUCACUCUUCGAAUCUGCCGUCACGCAAAUGAAUUCAAAGUCGCCAGGCUCGUUCAUGUACGACAUGCUGUUUGACAUUGUUGAAGCAAUGACAUUAUUUCAAUCAUCUGAUAAGAUUGAAGAGCUUUUCAAAAGUUACAUUGUUGCAACAUUAAUUAAAGAAAAGAAAGAUAAAACGAAGGCAGUUGAAGUCGUUGAAGGCAGUGAGAAGUUGAAAGAUUUGAGCGUUCGACGAAGAAUGAAAAAAGCUUACAAACUUCUUCACGACAUCAUGAAAAGUGAGAAUGAAGGAUGUUUGGAAUUUGUUGACGGACAUUUGAAUGAAAUUGAAAGAAUUCUAACAAAAUCAACUUACAAAGUCGCUGAGGCCACGCAAGUCAUGCGACUUUCAUGUUUGAAUGGAAUUUUAGAGAAAAAAGCUUUUGUGGAUGUUAAAGAGAAGAUUGUGAAGAUUUCAAUCACAGAAGUUCUUUCAAGCUUUAAUAAUGAAGCUGUGAUGAAAGAUGGAAUCGCUUUUAAUCUUUUGAGAGCGAUUGGAAAAGUUUAUGAAGAUGGAGAACGUUUGAAAGAUUUCGUUGACAGUAUCAUGACAGGAUUAGUUGGUGAUCAUCAAUUAACAAGCAAUACAAUCGUCGCUUUGAAGUUUAUCAUUCAAGAAUUCGCUGAGAAUUUAACUGUUGACACCCACAAAUUUAUUCUUGAACAAGUUUUGGAAUUUGUUGUCAGUAAUCAAAGAAAUGAAGUCAAUGCAAGUCUUCAAUUUUUGGUGAUGUUUGUGAAAAUUCUUCCAGCUCCAUUUGUUGCUAGCAAUCUUCGACUCAUCAUCAAAGCAAUUUCCUUAAUGGUCCAUGAUACAAGACGUCACUGUCGAUUAAUUUUAUCAUUUUUAAUGAAGAAGUUGUGUAAGAAAUUCACGCCUGAAGAGAUCAUUAAACUCGUUCCUGGAUCUGACGAAGCGCUUCAUAAGAAAUUGCGAAAUAUCAAAAAAGAAAUCAACCGAGCCAAACGUAAUCGUGUGGAAAAUUCUAAGAAAAAAUCGAAAGGUGGUGAAGGCGAAGAUGAUUCAGAUGACGAAUUUAUGAAUUUGGAGAAGAAGAGUAUGACAAUUGAUGACAUCUUGGCUGAUAGCAGUGAUGAAGGUUCAGUUGAAAGUGAUGAAGAUAAUGCAAAAACAAAAGUUAAGAAUCCAGAAACAUUUAUACGAGAAGAUGCUGAUACAAUUGUCGAUCUUGCUGAUUCGAAUGCUUUCAGUAAAUUAACAACAACGAAACCAAUUGUCAAUCAAAGUCAUUUGAAAUCGAAGAAUAAAGAUGAGAAUCGUGGCUUCAAAACAGCACCCGAUGGUCGACUAAUCAUUGAAGAUAUUGAAGAUAAAGAGAGUGAUAGUGAUGAUGAUGAUAUGACUGAAUACAAGGAUAAGUCAAAGACGAAAGUUUAUGAUCAAGAAUCGGAUGAAGAGAAGGAUGAGCCAUCGAAGAAGAAAAUUGGUUUGAAUGCUUAUAAAGCUGGUGGUUCUGGAAUUCAUAGGCCACUUGCUGCUUCUGUUAAAUCAGGUUAUUCAAAUAUCUCGAAAAUAUCCAAGAAAUCCUCAGCUAGUAGUCGACUUCCAGGUUCAGAAUAUAAAGCGAAGAAAGCUGGUGGUGAUGUUAAAAGGAAAGGAAAACAUGAACCUUACGCUUAUGUUGCUUUAAGUCGAAAUGCUUUGAAUCGUAGAAAGCGAAGCAAAAUGGGAAAUCAAUUUAAGAAUAUUGCUAAGAAAUCAAAAGAAAAUAAGAAAUCUUCGAAGAAAUGAAUUUAAUUAUUAUUUUUUAUGCUUCUGAAAUAUGAAAUUGAAAUUUCUAAUAAACAUUUUUUCUUUAAUAGUAAAUUAAA